CAUAUCUGGAUAUGCUUAACGAUUCCAGCGGUCAGAGGAAUAUUUUGUUGACUUGUGUGCGGCGUCGCCUCUCUUGUGCAUACAAACGAGCAAACGGCGACCUAACGUGGCGGCGUUAUUAGGCGAUGGCGUUAGGCAGCUUAGCUCCAAAUCAGUCCAGCCUUCUAGCCCGUUCUGUUCGUGUGUUAAGUGCUUGACGCUGGAGCGCUACGGAGCGCAAACGAAAAGUAAUCAGCAAAUUAAAUAAUAAAAUACUGUGAAAGAGCGCAAACACAGCGGCUCAAAUGACUCGUGCAAUACACAGCGACUUGUUCAAAUUUUAAUUUUAUUAUUAUCAAAUAAUUAAUACGCGUACGCAGUAACCGCAGUAACCGACACAGUCGUUCCUUUGCAUAUAGAAUUCUCUGGUUCUCUUUUUUUAUCAGCAAAAGCAAGAAAGUAAUAAACAAAAAAAAAAGCAAUGAAUUAAUGUUGGAAUUCGCGGCUUUGACAGUGGAUUUGGGCAAAGGCAAAAGUAAAUGACAAAUAAGUAAAACAAUUACGAUCGGAAGGGUGGACAAACGCGCUAUAUAUUUUAGUGUUUGUUUCUUCCCAGUUUGCUAAAUAAAAAAUCCACGAAAUUGAAUCGAAAGCAGACGGAAAAAGUUAUUUUAAACGCUGCAAAACUUGAGCUCACGACCAGUUGGGUAGUUCGUCGCCAGCGUUGUUCGUGUAGUCGUCGCUGUCGCCGCUACAGCUGAGAUACAAAUUAAGAUUGAGAUCAAUAUUGAGCGGCCGAGAUCAUCGCAAAAGUCAUCGGCAGGUAAAAAGAAACGGACACAACCGAUAGAAAUGAGAUGAACGCACCAAAGUUUGCUGCUGGUGAACUGACAAUUCCAUAGAAAUAAUAGACAAGUGAAAAAUAGUGAAGGCUGCGGAAAAAGCAGAGAAAACAAACACAAAAAAUAAAUUGUGAAAAAUAAGGUUGAGAGCACCAAGUACCGCAUGCAUAUAUACAUACAUAUAUGUGCAUAAAUAGCUACUCGAAUGCACCAGACAAGGCUUUGCAUUAACAACAAUAAAGAAAUACGUGUGCACUAGUUGUCGUAGAGAAUGCGUUGAAAAGGCAAACAAAUAAUAUAUGUAACAUAGAAAGACAAGACUCAACAAAACCAGUAAGGUCGCGCCAUAUGCAGCAGCCAUCGCUCACCGCUCAACCAAACAAAAAGUACACCUAAAACGUAGCAAAGUUGCUCAGCAGCGCGUAACCGCUUAUGGAGUUAACAGCUGUUUCAAUAAAAUACAAACACUUUUAAUGCGGAAUAAUUCAGCUUCUGAAGUGUUAAAAUAUUAAUUUGCGCGACAACAACAAGACAUUAUAUGAACCAAUCAGCUUUAGUCAAUUAUCAUUGAACAUUCUACGCAAACCGCAAUAAACGCAUACUAACAAUAAUAAUAAUAAUAAAAUCUUCACAAAUGCCUUCGCCAAAUUUGAAACUACAGCAAACACCACCUCCACCACCACCACCAGCACUCUUUCAACAACAACUCUCCUAUCCGAAUCAUCAUCAACCGCAACAACAAAAAGGCUACUAUACGAAAAAUAAGAAAUUAUCCACGAAAUUGAAAUCUUCUUCGCUGGAUAAUGAUAUAUUUCUGCAAAAUCGUAAGAACAACAAUCAGAGCAGCUCGGAUUGGCUUUUGCCACCACAUGGUUGUGCAACAAUACCACGUGCCGCGUCCACGAAUUCAUUGGCGAGCACGGUAACGGCUAGCAAUUAUCAGGAGUAUAAAGCGGAAAUUAUCAAUCAGGGGAAGUGCCUUUGCGGUCAGUACAUUCGUGCGCGACUACGACGAGCUGGCGUGCUAAAUCGCAAGGCCACACAACGAUUGCGCACCAUAUUGGAGCCCGCUUCGGCGGUAGUUUACGAAGUGUUCCCAGCAUUGAAUAGCAUGGGUGAAGAAUUGGAACGAAUGCAUCCGCGCGUCUACACGAAUAUCUCACGACAACUUUCGCGUGCCCCCUAUGGUGAACUCGUCGAUGGGGAUACUGCUCCUAUGUUGCUCAAUUUGGUUGCCAAAGAUUUGUUUCGUUCGAAUAUAACGUGGGGUAAAAUAAUCUCAAUAUUUGCGGUUUGUGGUGGUUUCGCCAUCGAUUGCGUACGUCAAGGUCAUUACGAGUACCUGCAACUUCUGGUGGACGGUAUUGCGGAGAUAAUUGAAGAUGAUUUAGUACCGUGGCUGGUAGAUCACGGCGGUUGGUUGGGCUUACAGCAACAUAUACGUCCACAUGUGGGCCACUUUUCAUUCCUAGGCUUGUUGACGCUUUUCGUCGCCGUAUCAUCGGGUGUUUAUGUUGUUACUAAUGUGGCCAAACAUAUUGGUUGUCAUUUGUAUUCUUUGCUAUUUUGAUAGCAACCGAUGUGUGGGAAUUGGGAAAUA